AUUGGAAACUUUCUCUUUAUUGGCCUUCAACCCUCAAUCAUUUUCGGAAAUGCAUCGGGUUAAAGGUUGAUAAACAUGAGCAUCCAUUACAAUCAUGACGGAAUUAGGCCAGUUCUGGGCAUGUCUACUAUUUUGCAGCACUUAAUGUCAAGUGGGCCCCUUGCUUUGUCUCUGCCUAGGAUCCACUGCAGGUGACGUCAGCAUAACAAUGUGGAAAAGGAUUUUUUUCCGCUUUUUAUUUUAAGAAAAGGAUGAAAAUUCCGCCAGCUACUGUCUUUGGAAAUACGUUUUUUUUUCACCUUAAAUCUCGAACCUUCAGUCUGUCGUGUAGAUUUAAAUAAAAGCAACAGAUAAAAGAAUUUGUCUGAACUGGUUUGCUAAAAGACAGUGCGCUGAUAGAAUCAAAGCCACGUUAAAGCGAGGAGACGUGCAGAAAUAUGUCCUGCACUAGAGGAGGACGAUGCUGUCCUCACAGCACCCCAUAGUAAGAAAGUUGAUCAGAGUUUCCCAGGAACAGUGGAGUCUGUCCACUACUGUUUGUGACGUUUCGUAAUUUACAUUUUACAUAACUUCUGUGCUAGGCUGCAAGACGCAUUGUGCACUUUUGAUGAUUAUUAAUUUAUUAAAGCUUAUAGUUCACGUUGGACUCAAAGGUAACACAGUACAUCCUGUUCUGCAGUAUUCCUCAGUGACACUGCUGGAAAAUGAUCUGAAAUAACUUUUUCCAAUAAAAUAAUUAUGAUAUGGUGGUGGUCCGGUGUCAUAGAACUACUUGUUGCUUUAUGCAAGUUUUAUUUUUCUUUGGACAUGAGGCCAACAAGUAAUUUUGUUCCCUUUAAAAAAUGCAUGUACUGUACAAGUAAAGUGUAAUGCAAAGAUACUCUUACCUCCAUGAGAGCUCAGUCAACUAUAUAUUACAUAGCCAACAAAUACACCCUUAAACUUUGUGGUCAUAAGGCUAUGACGCACGAAAGCAUUAUGGGCUAUUUUAAAUAAUUUCAAACAACUGAAUUAAUUGUUAGAAUUACUUUCCUGUAACUUUAUAUUGUAUUGAAAUGUGGCACACCACUCAAAAUGAAAGUCUUGACAAUAAUUGGCCUGGACAAGCUAUGGCCACUCUCUAUUAUUCUUGCAGGGCAGGAGUGGGACAUUUGCUUUGGCAAGAUUUCCAGCGAUAUAUAGGACGGUAGAUAGUCUUGUGUUUUUUACUUUUAUCAGAUGAUUAGUAUUACACAUUAACCUUUACAUUGUUUCACAUAUAGAGAUUUAGAGAAGUGGUCUUAUGAGAAGGCGCCUGAAGUUAAAGAGGCAGCAAUAUUUGCAUGUAUCGCGGCACAUUUCAAAGCAUUUUCUCUGCGAUAUUUGAAAGCGGAGUCGUGCAGUGAACGCCUGCGUGUCCCUUUUAAAACAAACCCAGCGCCUGUCAAUCACAGCGCAUUCCAACCAAUCCCAAAGCUCCCUUUUUAAAAGCAGGUUUGCCUGCUGUGCUUUUAUAUUGCACCAUGGCCUGUUUCGAAGCAUUUUUACUACCACGGUUAUUGCCACAAAUCAAGAGGGCAAAGUGAACGGCAUGGGACUCACACCAACUUUAACGAAAUUGAGUCUGGUUCCUACUUCUGCGAAGUUCACAGCCAAGAAUUUCACAUGCAGAUGAUACACAAACAGGGAAAAUGGAAAGAGGAUUUCUAGGUGAAUCCUGAAUGCUGAAUCCGGUUGAUUUUGCAAACUCAUAGCCAAACCAACAACAAAAAAUGACAAGCCUUUCGAGGUUUAGUGGCUGCCCUCUCUCUUGCGUCAACCCCGGGGAGAGCAAUACUGAACCCAGCGUGGUGCUGCCACCUUUGGCAGGGGAGCACAUGGGACUCCCCACUGGCAGUUCCUUAAAACUCUGCCCCUCGCACAAUUUGCGAGACUACCCCGAGACGAGGUCCAGUGCAUAUGUUGACCAUUCGUUUCCCAAUUCUUCAGACUCUGGAUACCCCAGCCACCGCUUAGAGCAUAGCCCUAGGGGCAUUAUCAUUGGAGCCAAUCUUUCUGGAGCCGGCAUGCCACCCGUCACUGAUCAACUGGCAUCAAGAGCUAACCAACAUGGCGGGAUUGGAAGGUAUCGUGACUUUCCUGGCUACAGAGACAACAGAAGCCAUGCUUUUUUCUCAAGUUAUCAGGAGCAGGCCCACGCCUCCACCGACGCAUCUCGAGAUUUUGGCAGCCAGAUGAUGCUGGGUUUACCUGGCGACCUCCUCGGCCGGACGCACUCUUAUGGCCAAACUAUCAACCCCAAGGGAAACAGCCAGCAACUUGUCUCACAAUUCCUGGGUCUGUACAAACCCCUCAACAUGGCAAUUCAGCGUGGAGGAGGCGACGCUUUCCUCAGGUGCUCUAAACAAACAGUGAAGCAUGAGCUGGUGUGCAAGUGGAGUGACGGCCAAGAGGGGGCUGGGAAGCUGUCUUGCUCCAGAGCCUUCGGGAACAUGUAUGAACUUGUCACCCAUGUAACAGUGGAGCAUGUCGGAGGACCAGAUCACUCUGAAUAUGUGUGUCACUGGGAGAAUUGUGCGAGGGACAGGAAGCCUUUCAAAGCCAAAUACAAGCUGGUGAACCACGUCAGAGUGCACACAGGGGAAAAGCCCUUUCCCUGCCCCUUUCACGGCUGUGAGAAAGUUUUUGCAAGAUCAGAAAACCUAAAGAUCCACAAGAGGACUCACACAGGUGAAAAACCUUUUAAAUGUGAGUUCGAGGGCUGCAACCGGAGGUUUGCGAACAGCAGCGACAGAAAGAAGCAUUCUCACGUGCACUCCAGUGACAAACCCUACAUGUGCAAGGUCAGGGGCUGCGACAAGUGUUACACCCACCCAAGCUCCCUGCGCAAGCAUAUGAAGCUCCACUGCAACAAGGCCCACGUCGCCGAAAGCGAUGACGCGCGUCCCGGGGACGGGGGUCACAUUGCGGAGGCCAGGUCAUCCCGAGUCCCCGAUGGAGCCCAUAUCAGCCCUCCUCACCCCCCCACCUCAACUCAAGAAGUCCCCCUGUCCCCAGAGAGUCGAGAUGAUUCGACCUCGAGGUCACGUUUCCAUCACACGUUUGACAGCAGUUUGGACUACUCCACACACAGGUCACAGCCCCUCUUGGACCCUUUGUUGCUACAAAGAGGCAGCUACAGGUCCCAGUCCUCCCAGUACCCCUGCGGCCAGACAGGUCACACUUUUGCCCAGAGCUCAAGGACUUUCACCACUUCUCCCUUUCAGAAAAGUAUUGUCAACGGAUGGUACACAUGCCACAGCGGCGUGGACUCCUUCCCACCAAAGCAAUGUAACAACAUCCCGUCUCUGUGAGUUCCUGUUAGGACACAUGCGGGCGACCUACCCUAUUUUUUUCGGGCCAAUUUUUCAUGUUAUAGCCUAAAAAAACGUACAGCUGUAUCUAUAUUACUCUCUGUAUUUUUGUGAAUGUAGUAUCAAAUAUUAUGUGACAAGUCCUGAGUCAUCCUAUUGAAAUAUUGCAUUGUGCAAUGUGGCGAGCUUUAUGUGUUGUUGUGAGGCCUGUUUGGUUGGGUUUGGCUUGCAGCCACAUCUCUCCCACAGUGGGUUAUAGGAACUUUUACAAAGUGUAUAUGCCUAAUUGUUCGCUGUGUUGCAUAAUUAUUAAAGAUAUCUAUCUUAAGUGAGACAAAAAAUUACAAAGGAUUUUAAUGGAAAGCUGCGUGUUAAGUCUUCUGAGCUUAGACUGGAAGGUAAAAGGAGACGUCUUGCUGAAUGUAGCCCUUCAUUAAGUGUAGGGGUCUCUGUUGAAUGUAAACUAGAUGUAAUGUAUGCCGGGGAGAUAGAAACAUUAUUCAUGUCUUUAUGUAUGUCGCAAGAUGAAAUAAAUAUCAGAAAGAUCUUUUCUCAAGUUACGUUUUGAGACCUAACAGGCCUGCGUGAUGGGCCUGAAGCAUGAUUUGUCUGUAAUUAAAAUACUGCGAGGCUCAGUAGGUUUUUUUUUUCCCCUCAACUUGAUUAAGUUCCACUUUUCGUCCCCCUUUCAUUACACUUUCGUAUUCUUGUUUGUAUUAUAUGUAUAUUUCACAUUUCUGUGCAAAGUACGACCAGUGUGAGCAUAAACCAGUGUUCGUGAUACUAUUAAUUAGCAUACAGUUAUACUGUACAUAAGCCUAUACUGUAUAAUUAAUGUAUUCUAUAUUUUAUUAAAGUGUCUAUAUUCUCUUUGA